AUGACCAUAGACGGGAUUAUGACUCCUCCCCAUAGUCCCCAGCGGGGCGUUAUGAUGCACCAUGUGCUUCAAGCUGCGGGCCCGCUUUCCACGCAGUUUGAUAUCAGGCUGCCGCAGGAUAGGAUCCCGCUAGACAUGAAAACCUUGGCGGAACAGGCUACGCAGCCUCCGGUAUCGAGGAUGCGACUCGAUGUGAUAGGCAUUUUCCUUAUCGAUAUAUAUAGCCAGCACGGCACUACCCUUACCGUUGGCAACGUCCUGAGCCAACUGGCUCAAGGAAUGUCUGCUCAGGCACGUGGUCCAGAGCUUCAGCGAUUUCCGAUCGACACGCAGCAGCGCGCAUCGCAGUCAUCCGCCGUGCCAGCGCCAGGGCAGGCCCCCCCUUGGAUUGCAUCGACCCGUGUGUUCAGUGCCACUCAGAAUCGCCUUGCCAUUUCAACCUGCGAGUCCCGCUUAGCUCAGUUGGUAGAGCGCGUCACUAGUACGCUAGUUGACAUGACGAGUACUCCCUACCGCCGUUUUCGCGUAGGAUCUCGCCCCGGUCGAACACAAGCUCUCCUUGAACGACCUCCCUCUGAGAACACGAACAUCUCGCCAACCGCUGAGCGUACGGUCUUGAUUUCUACUGCGCUAGACCCGUCUCGCGGGAGAGUACAGGGUGUGGUCGAAAUUCGCUUUCCCGCAAUCCUGGAUCAGCAAAUCCAUGAGGUCCAUGUGAAGUUGAGAGGGCAUGUACGAACGUCUAUUCGACGGAGUAAUGGAAACGGCGGCAGCUCGACUACAAGAGAGGAGUUAGAUAUUGUCCGACGAAGCCGCUCACUGUGGACGCGAGGCUCAGCAUACCCGCCUGCCGGCUCGCACACGUUGACCACACCGUUCCAGUUCGAACUUCCUCACGACAUGCCACCGUCAUUUUCGUAUGAACAUCGAGGAGUCACUGGCUCCGUUCGAUACACAGUCUCCGCCGUUGGAUCUCGCGCCGGUAUAUUCCAGCCGAAUAGGAGAUCAACAUAUGAGCUUGAGGUUGUACCAGCAGAUCCCAAUGGUUCCAUGAUCGCAGACGCAUUGAGAAGCGGGUGGCAGGGUGAAUGGACGAAGAGACGUACGGUUGAUCGGAUUCGCAAGGGGUUCUGGGGAGAGUAUGCCAAUAUCGAGAUGGAGUUUUGCUAUCCGUCGAUGACCACUUUCCCCCUACAUACAGAUAUACCAUUCUCGGUCACCAUCACGACACUGAGCAAGACUUGCACUCCCGGUGACAGCAAGGUGUGGCCCGUUCCACCUUCGAGCCCUCAUCAAGUGCGCUUCGAGCUUCGAAAUAAGGUCGAUAUCCGGGCCCACCGCCUGCAUCGCUCACACGAACGAUCGCCUGCGUCACUUGGAGGGAUGCAUUAUUCGAGAGGGAAUGUCGAUGUCGAGACAUUACCGAGGGAGUGGGUGGCGACAGGCUCUGGCAGUGGAGGAGGAAAGUGGAGGCAGACGGUCACGUUCAAGACGGCCUUCCAAUUGAGAUGUCCGCCGACAUUCAGAUGUGCGACCAUCGCAAACGAGCAUCACAAUGAUCUCCGGACGUACCUCUUAUCAGUAUCGCCUAUUCCUCCGUGUCCAUUACGGAUGGCUGGCUGGUGGGUUGGAUAUGAUUGUCGUACUGGCAUGCGUCAUGUCAAACCAGCAACCGAUGAAGCAUGCCGUAUACUCAGGGCUGCUACCCUUCCUUUGUACCGUUGGACGGGCAUGGACACAGCCUAUUUACUCUCUCUUGAUCAUCCCAGUUACCCCAGCACGGUCAUCUACGAAAGCUGGGCAUACGCGGUGGGAGACCCGACGUCUUUCACACUAAUCCUUGUCAUGGCGUAA